AAACAGAGAGAUCUUCAUCUUCAUCCUUCUUUCCUUAUCAGUAAUGAAGAAUUGGGUAUGCUUUCUCUUUCUUGCUCUCAUCACCCAUCAACAAUAUCACAUUCUUCAAAUCGAAGCCAUCGAUAGCUUCGUGAGAAGAAACGGUAUUCAUUUGAUGCUCAAUGGUAGCCCUUACUACGCCAAUGGCUUCAAUGCUUACUGGCUCAUGUAUAUGGCUUCCGACCCAUCUCAGAAAUCUAAAGUUUCCUCCGUUUUUCGAGAAGCUUCUACCCAUGGCUUAACCGUUGCUAGAACUUGGGCUUUCAAUGACGGCGGUUACAGGUCUCUUCAAUAUUCUCCUGGCUCCUACAGUGAGCAAUCUUUCAGGGGACUGGAUUUCGUCAUUGCUGAGGCUAGAAGGUAUGGAAUUAAGCUUAUAUUGAGUUUGGUUAACAAUUAUGACAGUUUUGGAGGGAAGAAACAGUAUGUAAAUUGGGCAAGGAAUCAAGGGCAAUAUCUUCAAUCUGAAGAUGAUUUCUUCAGAAACCCUGUUGUUAGAAGCUAUUUCAAGAAUCAUAUUAGGAGAAUUCUGAAUAGGUAUAAUACUGUAACUGGAGUGAUGUAUAAAAAUGACCCAACAAUUAUGGCAUGGGAACUUAUGAAUGAACCCAGAUGCCCAUCAGAUCCUUCUGGAAGAACAAUCCAGGCAUGGUUAAUGGAGAUGGCUUCAUAUGUGAAAUCCAUUGAUAGGAAUCAUUUGCUUGAAGCUGGUUUAGAAGGUUUCUAUGGAUACUCAACUCCCCAGAAGAAGAACACCGUAAACCCAUCUGGAAUCAAUGUCGGAACUGAUUUCUUGGCCAAUAAUCGAAUCCCCGACAUCGAUUUCGUGACUCUCCAUUCCUAUCCAGAUGAAUGGUUAUUGGGUUCAAACGAUCAGUAUAAAUUAUCGUUCAUGAACAAAUGGAUCGACAGCCACAUCUACGAUGCUCAAUACAUUCUCGGGAAGCCAAUUUUGCUCGCUGAAUUUGGGAAAUCAUGGAAGAAGCCCGGUUAUAGUACUUAUCAGAGAGACCAGUUAUUCUCUAGUGUAUACUUUAAGGUAUACUUGUCUGCCAAACGCGGAGGACCAGCAGCUGGGGCGAUGUUUUGGCAGCUCUUAACCGAAGGAAUGGAUUCUUUUAGAGACGGGUAUGAUGUUGUCCUUAGCCAGAGCACUUCAACUGCAAAUAUUAUCAGGCAGCAGUCACGAAAACUCUAUCUGAUUCGUAAGAUCUUCGAAGGUAGGGGGAAGAAAGGAAAUGACCCUGGUUUAUUCUAAGGGGUGCACCACAAUCAUGAACCCAAAGAUUUGAUGCUUUUUUUAGAGAUGGAUUGGAUUGAUUUGUCCAUCCAGGAGCAAAAUAUGAACACAUAUAUAUGUAUUAAGUUAUGUUUUUGAUCUUUCUUUUGA